CUUUGUUAAUACUUUAAACGGGCGUUUGUUAAAAAAAUGCUUCAACUAGGCCAGACAUCAUGCUUUGGAGGCCUAGGCCUAUUCUACCUGCUAUGGCUCAUUAUGUCUGGUACAGGCACACUCGGACAGUACAACCCACCGUGCCACACAAAUUGCUCCUGGAAGAAUGCUGUUGGUGAAAUUCAGAUGUGCAUGCAAGAAUGGCUAAACGAUGCAACUGUUUGCCCCAAUUUGUUUGGCAACGAUGGCUCAGCACCACCAGCUGAAAAUAUUGAAGUCGACUCUUAUGUGACAACUUAUACAGGUUAUACAGUAGAGUUUACAAAACUGAAUAUUUCAUUUGACUUGAAUUUGAAUGGCUCAGGAAUAUACAGAGGAGUAAGUAUUGAGAUACAGCACCUUGACCGGCUAAACAAUGAAAUGUAUUGUCAUUACAUAAAUUUUACAGACGAGCUUACCUAUGAUGAUCUCUUGUCUGAGGAAGAUACAGUUAGGAGGAUAUUCUUUGACUGUUCAAGACCAGUCCGUCCUGGUGGAGAGUAUUUGAUUACGAUAAAAACGAUGCCAUCCACUGAGAAGGCAGCGUUCACAUAUUAUUGGCCACCAAGUUGCUUCUACAAGAAAGAUGAUUAUUAUUGUCAAAUAUCUGAAGCAGAUUUACCUAGUGUUUGGUCACCGUCAACCUAUAUAGUAGAUAGUGAAGGGGAUAGACGUGUUGAAUUGAUAUUCAACCUUGCGCCAUAUGACUUUGAUAUGUACCUCGUCUACCUAAAUGAGAAAGAAAUAGUUAAUGAUAAGUAUCAGCCAGUCACACACAAGCACCUGUACUGUUUUAACAUACAUGUAAAAAGUAAAAAUGUAACGACCGAACGUUGUCCAUCUCAAGAAAUAUUUCAGUUUAAUGUGAUUAGUUGGAAAGAAAACAAUGAAACUAUGGUAAAGAUUAUUUGGACAGAUGUCAGGGAAGCUGUAUACUAUGUUAAGAUGGAACCACGUCCAACAGCUGAGGGGCAACAGUGUUCAACAAAUAAUGCUGUCAGUUGUUUUAUAACAACAAAGGAUGUGAUUGUUAAAGCUCGACCCUGUGAGAGGAUUCCAGAUCCUUGUGAAGCAGAACACAUGAGAUGCAAGGAGGAAGAAUCAGAACCUACUUGUUUCUGUGAAAAAGGUUUUGAGAUGCAAAACAAAACUUGCGUAGUUGCGUCUUUGUAUUCCUGUGAGGAAGGAUGGGAUUCUUUUGACAGCAGCUGUUAUAAGUUUUUUGAAACAUCAAAAACUUGGCAAGACGCCAGAACUGCGUGUUUGAACAUGGCAGCGGACCUUGUCGUCGUGAGAAAUCAAGAAGAGAACGAUUUUCUCUAUAACUAUUCUCGAAAGUAUCAGCGUCAUUUCUGGCUAGGCCUCACAGAUAUACAGAAAGAAAACAACUUUAUAUGGAUUGAUAGUGGUGAAUGCAGCAAUUUUUCAAAGAGUGUGAAACUUUGCGUUGGCAAAGGCUCAGGGUGUGUUACCACAUGUGGAUCCCGCUGCUUCCUCAUGAACUUCCCUUGCAUUAUACCCACUUACGUCAUUGACAGGAACACUAGCCAACAGAUGGUCGGCAUGACAAUAGCUUUGGGCUCCCGCAACACCCACCAAAUAGAUUCAUCAUCAGCUCUUGACGAUGUAUCCACUUCCCUCACUCCUCAGCUCAACAGCAUAUUUCAUCUCGAGUUGGACAAUCUGAACAAAAUUAUGACAAAUAUUCAUGGUUCAAACUGUGUUGAACAAUGCUGGUGGAAUCAAGAUUUCGCAAGUAAAGAGCCAAAUAAUGAAAAUUUUAAAGAACAUUGUAUUGAAUACUAUCCUUCAGGGAAAUGGAAUGACCAGUAUUGCAAUAGAACACGUCUGUACCUGUGCGAAAAAUAUCAAGAUAAAAUGCCACCCUCACACGGAUCAUCUUGUCCGGAUGACAUGCACGUACUGUUGUCAUCGACUACACGAUCAGCCGCUGUGUGUUGGAUACCUCCGACGUGGAAUGAUGAUUCUUUGUGUCAUCCAAACGUAAUUAACUCGCAUUCUCCUGGUCACGUGAUAGAAAUACCGGACGGUGAUUUAAGUGCAUUCAUCAAUGUGACGUAUACAGCUACCGAUAAGUCUGGAAAUUCUGAAACGUGUUACUUCCGAGUAACUGCAUCAGGUUAG